UCAAUCCGUCAGAGCCUUGGAAACAUUAGCGCGCCAAUUGGGCAUACCUUUUGCAUUCUUUGCAAGUCUUACACCGAUCGACCUGCCGGCGCGCUCGCUUUCCUCCUUUGAGGUUCUCUGCAAAUUGAAUUGAAAGAUGUCCUUCUACAGGGGCACCGCUUCCCACCCAUGGCACGACCUUCACCCAGGGAACGAGGCUCCCAACGUUGUGAACUGUGUGAUUGAAAUCCCUCGCGGCUCGAAGGUCAAGUACGAGCUCGACAAGGACACCGGUCUGUGCUUUGUGGACCGUAUCCUUUACUCUUCUGUCGUCUAUCCCCAUAACUACGGCUUCGUGCCAAAGACUCUCUGUGAGGAUGGCGACCCGCUGGACGUGCUUGUCCUGAUGCAGGAGCCCGUUGUGCCAAUGUGCUUUUUGCGGGCAAAGCCAAUAGGUGUCAUGCAAAUGCUCGAUCAAGGCGAGCGGGACGACAAGCUCAUUGCUGUGCAUGCGGACGACCCCGAGUUUAAGGGUUUCACAGACAUCAACCAAUUGCCACCGCACCGCCUUGCGGAGAUCAAGCGGUUCUUCGAGGACUACAAGAAGAAUGAGCACAAGGAGGUCAUUGUCGACGAUUUCCUCGGGUCAGAGGAGGCGAAGAAGGUCGUCAAGGACUCACUGAACCUGUACCAAGAGCACUACGUGCCACGGAAGCUCCGGAACCUGUACGAGUAAAGUCAACCGCUGUGCAGCAGGAGCGUGAGAGCUGAGUGAGCCACACGGUGUAAUUAUUCCUUGGCUUUUUCGGACGUGCGGCGUUGUGCCAGCGCAGGCAGCUCUGGUAUAUCCCGACGUGGACUAUGGGCCUUAUUACUAAGGGGGUAUUGGGGUUUUCAUGGACGGACGGGUUAGUGCGGGUACGCUAUGCAUCUGCAUAACGACAUUACGACGGCGUAAUGAUGACAGCGUGUUCCCAGAAGUCAGCGGCUACACUUGACAGGCUUGCACACGGGUAUUAUGUGUUUGUCGACGAGACUAGGGGCGACAAGGGCUUUGUCCCCGAACUGCAGCGUUGACGGUGACGUUAUCAGCUGCAAAUUUGCUGCUAAUGCAUAUUGUGUUCGCGGCGAGAAAUCAUCGAAAUAUAACACAGCUGAAGUACGACACGUAAUCUCAACUGCUGCAAUACCAGGAAUAAAAUGUAACUAUGAUACGUGGAUUGACUGGUGGUAUUUUAUGGGUUGUGUCGCCUACGUAGUGACUCUUCGGAUUCAGCGCCCAAGCCGGGAAUGCAGAAAAAAGCAACUGCUACUAUCUGAAUUGUAUUGGGCCAGUUGAGCUUGCAACAGAGGACUUUCGGAGAACCGGUCUGUUAUCCCUUCGAGCCAGGCCGGGCCAUGGCCACUCGGCAAGGUUAUUUUGUGAAAUGCUAUUCCAUGAGCAUGUAAGGAUACCCCUCAA